UGAUCAAGCUAGCGGUGUAUUAUUUACUGCCUACCUACUAAUAUGUCUGUCUUUUCGACAACUAUUUUGUUUUCCUUUGUCAGAUGGCUUUGUUGGCUUAUUACCUCUUUUUUAAUCUUGUCAAGCAUUGUACCAACAACAACAUCCUACUUUGUCAAUUCAUCAUCUAUCUACCUGUAAACAGCGCAUAUCUUUCGGGCACUGGCGUCGAGGGGAAAAAACAAAGGAAAUGGGGAGACUCACUACUACUAGGUACUACCACCUACUAUUACUUGUACGCUUUUUCUUUUUUUAUUGAGGCACACCUGGAUAUUGGGUGCCGUGGAUAUUAUUACCUUUUGGACUAUUACAACAACUAUUACUACGGUACUACUAUUACCGCUACUUAUUACUUAUUACUAUUACUAGCUGGAUCAGCACAAUGAAAAAAAGAAGUCAAAAUAAUUAUUAUUACGAGUUUCUGCCUGUUCGUGACCUUUGGUACAG